GUGCAAUUGAUUGUCAAGGUUACUUGGUUCAGACGUCAGGUGUAGUCGCUCUCAGUAAUUUUAUUGACUUCUCACGGCGACUCGGCAAUAUAGAUCGGUCCUGUUUAAACUACAAAUGAUUUCAAAGUAUCUUUGGUUUAUUUUAUACCUUGUCCUACAUACUCAAUGUAUUGAAGCUGAUGUAGUUACAAAUUAUACAUCCUGUGGAAACCUGAGUUUAUAUACAAUAUCGUAUCAAAAUGAAACGAACACAUUAUGGUACUUGAUAUCGGCUCAUAGCCACCACCCACCUUCUGUAAUCAUGGUGCAAACUACUGGAAAUUCGCAUGUCAGUGUGAAUUGCUCAGCAUACAAUGGUAGUGUUGCACUUAAAUAUCGAAACUCAAUCUCAAUCAACAAUGCUCUUCAAUCGUAUGGAUGGAUCUUGCACAGGAUAAUCCGUUACAAUGAUUCAGAUGACCAUGCGGUUGUUCCUGACGACUCUACUUCUAUUGAGACAUUUUUAGGAAGUAAUUUAGACUGGAACAUGACAUCAUUUGGUCGCGUGACUGAUGAUUCAGUUCAUAUCGAAUUUCAGGCCAAGAAUUCUCUAGAUAGUCAUGAAAAGAUUAAUGGUGUUAUCAAGUUGAUUUUUAGGGUGUAUGAAACUCGAUUGCGACCGCCCUAUGCUUUAUACUAUCACAUUGAGAAUUCUUUGAGUAUUAGCGCUGAAUUGAUAUUAGACGCAGUUCAAGUGAAUAAUCGUGUACAAAGAUUUUCACCUGUUUUCUUGGUAUUUUCUAAUCAUUCGAUGGAAGAUAAUGAAGACUUCUUAGAAAAACAAGCAAUCCAAGAGAAUGAGGAAGAUGGUCCUCUUGGUCGACUGAAGUCAACGUUUAUUCAGUUAGGCUCACGGGUAUCUAAGAGUAAUGGUCAUGUACAGGAUAUUUGGCCUAGUGCUUAUAUACAAUUCCCUCCAGCAUUAUGGACUGAUAAAGAUAAGAAAACAGCUCAAAUGGUUCGACUUGGCUCACGAUGUGUAUUUGAUAAACAUUUAAAAACUCAUUCUUAUCAUUUCAGUCUACCAUUUGCUUUAUAUGGUGGAAGAUUUGAGCAACUUCACGAUCAGUCAAUGAAUUCGCAUGUUGCAGCACGAGAGCAAAUUGUUAAUUUAGGUAGUCCUAAUGCACCAUAUUAUAUAGAUAGUAAUUAUUCAGCCUGGACUUUUAUUCUUGGUUUGGGUGAUCCAAAUAUUAUAGUUGAGCCUCCAAGUGAAGAACAUGAUGGCUCAGCUAUAUUAGCCACCUUUUGUGGAGUAAUAAUCAUUUGCGGGAUUAUUGGCAGUGUUUAUGGAAUACGUCGUAUACGAACACGUUAUCAUAGAAUUCCAGAGGUGAAUACAACUAAUGAUGGAUUUAUUGAUAAUAUUCCAAAUGAUAGUUUUGUUGAACCAUACCAGUAUGAGAAAUUAGUUCAACCACCGAGUGAUGAUAAAUCAAGAGGUACUUAUACGAAUGAAGUUGGUCGUGGACAAUCAGCAUCUACUAUCAUUUUAGAUCGUCCACCAGAUUAUGGAUCAAUUUCUUUAAGACCGGAUGAGCAUCACUACUAAAGUUUUCACAAUAAAUUUCUCAUAUACUAUCAUUUUCUCAUUGUUUCUUUUGUCUGAAAUCAACUAUUCCAUCAGAUUAAUUUGAUAGUUUUACAUCAUCAUAAAUUUUUGUAAUGGUUAUUGAAUAAAUUACCUGAUCAUGGUAUGUUUCAAUAA